UUCUCCCCCAAAUCCCCACCCUCACCCACGGGAUCUCAGCCAAACCAAACCAACCUAGGGUUUCCCAAUCCCAAGCGAGCUUGAUUCCGGCGGCGGGAUGGGCGACGGCGCGGCGGAUGAGCUCGAGACCCAUCCUCGACCCAAGGAAAUGGCGUCGCUGCCAAUCCCCGACGAGCUCGCGGUGGAGAUAUUCCUCCGCAUCCCCAACCCAGCUGAUCUUCUCCGCGCCUCCGCCGCCUGCGUCUCCUUCCGCGGCCUCAUCGCCGACCGCGCGUUCCUCCGGCGGUACCGCAAGAUCCACGCCCCGCCCCUGCUCGGCUUCCUCGAAUACGACCACAAAGUCUUCCACCCCGCGGCCCCGCCUCACACCUCCGCACCGGCAGCCAGCGCCGCGGCGCUCGCAGCCGACUUCUCCUUCUCCUUCCUCCCAGCCCCCACCAGCGACUGGCGCGUCCAGGACGUCCGCGACGGCCGCGUCCUCCUCGACCGAGCCCCCCAGCACGACAUCGACAACAGAUACAGUGUGGUCUUCCCGGAGCUGGUGGUGUGCGACCCCUUGCACCGACGGUACCUCCUGCUUCCCCCAGUCCCUGCCCACCUAGCCGCUACGGUGGAGGAUCCACUCUGGAUAAAAAGGCACCGUUACUGCGAGACCUUCCUUGCUCCCCCUGCCGACGGCGGCGAGGCACCGGAGGAGACAUCAUUCAGGGUGGUCUGGAUGGCGCAGUGCGAAACUAAGUUGGUCGCCUUUGUCUUCUCUUCCAGCACUGAACAAUGGCGAGCCAUUCCAUCUCAGAGCUGGAGCGAUUUGUUUGCUGGCUUGCUGUCGUUAACAGGGCUAACUCUCUUCUCCUGGCACCAAUAUGCGUAUGGGUGCUUCUAUUGGGUGACAGAUUGGAGGGAAAGGUUGCUGGUGCUUGACACCCGGAGGAUGGAGUUCUCCAUUUCCGAGUCCCCAAUUGAAGCCAGAGGUUUAGAAGGUGUGGCUAUAGCCAUUGUGGAGGCAGGGGAAGGCAUGCCAGGAAUGUUUAUUCGUGCAAAAGACCCAGCAUACGUCAACUACACCAUUAGGCGAAACAAUUGUGGGAGUUCCAGCCAGUGGCAGUUGGAGAAGACAAUCUCACUGGAUUCUCGAUACUUGUUCAUUGAUUCAACAGAGAGACACCUGUUCCUAUAUCAGUGCCCAAGCCGAUCACUCGAUGCUGGAUGUUUCUCACUAGACCUCAAGACAUUCCAGCUUGAGACGGUAUUUGUUUCAAAUUCCUUCGCCCACAUCGCGUAUGCCUAUAGCAACUUCCCACCCUCGUUGUCGACACCGGCAGUAUCAACUGGUUUUGGAAACAAGGCUGAGGAGGAGAUGCUGGAACAAGGCGGUGCUGCAAGCACAAGCGCAGAGUCACCACGGUCAGAGUAGUGCUGGUGCAGAUGCUGGAGGUCAGGUAGAUGUUGGUGAUGCAACUUGACAGUUAACCACUUUAGCUGGUCUCUGGUAGGGUACCUUUGGCUCUGUUUGGUUGCAGUAUGCCCAUCUAAAAUGAACCUGGAGCAUAUGUUGUGUGCCUUGGUCUGGUAGUAGAGUGUGUUUGUUUGUCGGACUAGGUAGCUGAGAGCAUUGACAGCAUCAGUAGAUUAACUAAGACUUGUCAACUAGUCAAUUCGAUUGUGCUCUGGCAGUCUAUGUACCUGCUAUUUUUACAA